AUAAAAACUCUUUGCAAUUGAAAAUCAAACACAUGAGACGAGACAACAAAAUAGUCGAGACUCCAGAUCCUUCUUUUCCCUCACUUUUUCCCCCAAAGAAAAACUUUCCCUCGCUUUCCCGCCCUCCAAACAAUCCCCGAAUGGCCGCAAUCAGUCUCCGAAAGGGCAACACUCGUCUUCCCCCGGAAGUCAAUCGGGUUCUCUACGUCCGCAAUCUCCCCUUCAACAUCUCCAGCGAGGAGAUGUACGAUAUCUUCGGCAAAUAUGGCGCCAUACGACAGAUACGCAUCGGCACCAACAAGGACACCAGAGGCACUGCCUUUGUCGUUUACGAGGACAUCUACGACGCCAAAACGGCGGUGGAUCACCUCUCCGGCUUCAACGUCGCCAACCGCUACCUGAUCGUGCUUUAUUACCAGCAGGCGAAGAUGGGCAAGAAGCUUGAUCAGAUGAAGAAGGAGGAAGAAAUCGCCAAGAUGCAGGAGAAGUACGGCGUCUCCACCAAAGAUAAGUAGUUAAUUUUGUGUGAUUUAACUCUUCUUCUGGUUGGAAAUCGUUGGGUUUAUGUUUUUGUAUAUGUUGAGGGUUAUAUCUAUGCUCUGGAUUUUGUAAUCUAACUAUUUGGGAUUUGGAUGGUUUUUUUAAUGCUCUAAUUGGCUCUAAUUGGCUCUAAUUGAUUUGUUUUGUAAUUUCUUCUGCUUUGAUUUGUUUUGGUUUGUGAAUGUAGAUGUGAUGAAUUUGAAAACAAUGGUAGAUUUUGAGGUAUGCAUUGUUGAAUGAGAUUAGUGAUUGAACGCUUUUGAUUUUGUUGGUUUUAGAAUUUUGAGGCGAGGUAUAGUAUUUGAUGCAAAAUCAAGUUUUGUCACUGAUAAUAAACGUGAUAUUUAAGGCGGCAUGUUUGUGUGGAUGUGUUGUGUCUAUGGAUUGCCAUGUGAUCAAAUUUUGUAUAAGCUCAAUGUGCAAGUCUCUACAUUAGGAAUACUGGUAUGGAGAGUUGAAUUUUCUUAGGAAAGUGCUGAAAUUGAAGAAAUAUCUCGUUAAGUUUUUCUCAUAGUGUCUACCAGUCCAUUGGCGUGUACUUGGCACGUCCCAUAAGUAGGAGGAGAGGUUAGGAUAUAACAUCCUUUAGAAAGGAUAUCAACUUUUUGUAAGAUUUCACAUGUUUAGUUUAGUUGGUCCAUGAGGAAGCUGGUGAAAUCCUAUAUGGCAUUAUCCCUUUCUUUUGUAGUUUUUGGGUGGAGAGGGGGGAGGGGGGUGUUGUCCUGCUAUAGUGGGCUACAAAUUCCACUGGGAUGGCUUUGAUCCGGUUGUUAGUGCUCACCAAAUAUCCUAUCCUCAUCCAAUGUGCCAAACACAAACCUUAAUACACAGAAUGCUUGUAGCUGCUUUCUAUUCUUUGGUUCGGAUUGGAUUGUAGAUUUGGGGAGAAGUGAUGGAAUUUGAGCACGAAGAGACAAUAUACAAUUAAGAGACUGAAGAAUGCCCUUGGAUGAAUUUGAUUUCUACUUACUAGUUCCGUCUAUGCUUGCUGAUUUUUGCAAAACUCAAGGAUUGACACGGGGAAGAAUUCAUCUUUCCCGGCAGUAGAUUAGUGGAUUUGUUAAAGGAUGUAUCUUGAGUAGCCUAAAUGUGUAAUUAAGGGAGCAGCUGUUGCAUAGAGGCAAAUUCUAUAAAUAAAUAAAAACAGACUUGUCUAUAAUAGAAAACAAAUUCUGCUGCAGUUUUGGUGAUGCACCAGAAAUAGAAAUCAAAGCAAUGGGCUUACAGUGAAUAUAGCUUAAUAAUUGAAUCAGGAAUGAUUAAUCUAUGAAGGGCUAAGCUUAAGAACACUAUUUUAGUUCAGAUUUGAUUUUCAUUGAAUCAAUAGGGAAAUGUAUUUAAAAGAACUUUUAUACUGCUAUAGCAACCUUGGAAUCCCCUUCAUUACAUAUGUUUUCAUGAAAUCUUAGCCAUACAAGCUCAUUUAAAAGUCACAUGACAAGAACUUCUAAAGCUUUUAGUCUAUAGUUAAUAGUUAUAACAUAAUAUAAAGCAAGAUAAUUCUCAUGACAUGACGAUUACGAACUUGAUACAUAAUAAUAACCAGUAUGUAGGUCUGAAGGCUGGGCCUACUUGGGCUUAGAAGUCUUCUUAGGUGCUCUGCUUCCAGGAGAAUUGUCUAGACUGUUUGUGGGUGUAAGAUGGCGGUCAACUUCUUUUGACUUAUUUGAGAUUGCAUCCAUUGGAAGUUGGAAGAUUGGAAUAUUUACCUAUUGCUUGGAGAACACUGCAAUUGAAGCUUACUUUCUACUUUUUCAAGAUCCAUACACGUAGCCUUCCCCCUCCGAGCUCCAUCCCCCCAUGUGUGGUGGAACUCAAGACCUGCUAUUAGAGAAGUGCACCAUCUUGGUGGCAGUGAUAAUGACAGAUGAUUAAGGGUAAAGUGAAUGGGAUGUUAACAGUAAGGGAUGCACUUUGUGAUAGGUUCCUGUUUCCAGGUAAAACUAGUUUUGUCUACCUAUUAAAGAAUACUCUAAACUUGACUUACAGUUCCAAUUACCAUCUUUCCCCCCUACUUGUUUGUGUGGUUUUUUAUAUAUAUAUUUUAUUUAUGUUUUUGUGGUUGGUCUUGAAAGCUUUGUGGAAAGGAAGGGUUUUUGAUGUCACUAUUUCUUCUACUGUUUUCUACUUAUUACUUAUUUCUUCCUCAAGUUCUUUAAUGUAGUCAUUGUGUCCUUACUGGUUAGGAUUAUAAAAACAUGAGAAGGUGCAAGUAAUAGUGUUAGCUUUCAACUCUCUGACCCAUAAACAUGAGAAUAUUUUGAAAUUGUUUGCUGCCUUGUUUAAUGGAAGGGCCGAGAUUCUGUCUGCGAGUGGACGUUCUAGAUGAUGUUAUAACACCACCCAACUACCAAACAACUUGACCGUAGCCCUGCUUGUCGACACCAAACAUCGGAGAUACUGGUCAACAUUGUCAUAAAAUGACACUGCAUAUGCAAUUGAUUAGAAUAAAGUUUCUCUAAAAAGAGACUGAAAUGAUAUUUCUCUGCAGACCAUUGACUACAAAUUAGCAAAGCAAAACUCAUUUCUAGCU